ACUACAUUUCCCAUCGUGCCAUCGCUGGGCGUAGAAUACUUCCUCGUCAACAUGGCGGCUCCUUUGACUCUACUUUUAAUUGUGGCUGUUACGAUCCGUGCAGCUCUGUAUAGAUCCAGCUUGGCGGAGCUGAUUGCGGAGCGGGUGGAGGUGGUGUCUCCGUUAACCGCCUGGAAAAGAGUGGUUGAAGGUUUGGCUCUGCUUGAUUUAGGGGUGUCACCGUACUCUGGAGAUGUUUUCCAUGAGACUCCUCUCAUCAUUUACCUCUUUCACUUUUUGGUGGACUAUGCAGAAAUAACGUUCAUGUUGGCAGAUGUGAUCACAGCUGUUGCUCUUUACAUAACUGUGAAAGACUACAACAAACAAGUGUUCAGAAAGCAGAAAUUUGCCCUGGAGGCAGACCGCUACCCCGCCGACUGUCUGGAGCUCAUUAGAAGCCCCAAAGAAAUGUACUACAUCCCCCUGAAAGUAGCCAUGUUUUAUCUGUUGAACCCGUUCACCAUCUUGUCCUGUGUCGCCAAGUCAACCUGUGGUCUGAACAACGCUGUUCUCUCCCUCUUCAUCCUCUCUACAAUAAAAGGAAAUGUCCUGCUGAGCGCCAUAUUUCUGUCGCUGGCCACGUACCAGUCCAUUUAUCCCCUGACACUCUGCGCACCAGCGUUGCUGUAUUUCAUGCAGCGGCUGUACAUCCCUGUGAACGUCCGGCGGGCCAGUUUCUGGUGGUUCAUUGUGCAGUUCGCCUUCAUGUACCUGGGAAGCCUGUUCGUCAUCAUCUGUCUCUCCUUCUUCCUGCUCGGCUCCUGGGACUACCUGCCUUCGGUCUAUGGCUUCAUUCUGUCGGUACCAGACCUGACGCCAAACAUCGGCCUCUUCUGGUAUUUCUUCGCAGAGAUGUUUGAACACUUCCGCCUGUUCUUCCUCUGCGUCUUCCAGAUCAACGUCUUCUUCUACACCAUCCCCCUGUCCAUCAAACUCAAGGAGCAUCCUGUGUUUCUGGUGUUCAUGCAGCUGGCUGUGAUCGCCAUCUUUAAGUCUACCCCCACUGUGGGAGACAUCGCUCUCUACAUGGCUUUCCUUCCCGUCUGGAGUCACCUGCACAGAUUCUUGAGGAACAUCUUCCUGGUGUCCUGUGUCCUGCUGGCGUGUUCGGCUCUGUUCCCGGUUCUCUGGCACCUCUGGAUCUACGCCGGCAGCGCCAACUCCAACUUCUACUAUGCCAUCACCCUGCUGUUCAACGUGGCGCAGAUCCUGCUGGUGUCUGAUUAUUUCUACGCCUUCUUGAGGAGAGAGCACCACCUCACCUAUGGAUUGUAUCUGAAGAAGAAGGACGGCUCAGAGGCCACACUUAUUCUCAAGUAAGGCACAGGUUCAUUCAUACAGCUUCUACCAGGAAGGGAGAAACGCCUCGAUGUCUGGCUUGUCCUCAAAGCAAACAAACACAAACUGAGGAGGACAAGAAGACCUUUGAAGCUGCUACUGGUCGUCGGACAGAACAUCAGCACACUGACGGUGUGCAUGGUGCAGCGCCUACACAAGCAACACAAGUGCAACAGAACAUGAAACACAUGCAGAUGUUGGAUGUAGAACCUGCCUCUUCCCACGUGAGACAGCAGCUGAACAUCACGUCCUCUUUUCCCUUCUCUUCUGGACCACUCCUACUUUGAAAUUCACAACAGCUGUAAUAGGAGGCUAACAUGUAUACACAUACAAUAUGGAAGCCUUUUUCCUCCUUAAAGCUGCAAAAGUUAAAUUUUUCCUGGAACUCCACUCCAUUCUGUACACCUUUUAUUUGAAGCUCUUAGGAAGCAUUCAUUUAGAGGGCUCUUAUUUUUUAUGCCCUGCUCCAUCUGGCCCCUAAACCUGAAGGGGACCCCUGCUCACACUCCAGCUCCAGCUCAGGUUUUUUAAACUCACGUGCAGUAUUUCUAUGAGGGCCUUUUAUUCUGAAGCUUUGUUCUUCUUUUAAACACUGAAACUUUCAUAAAAUUGUAGAAAUAAUAAGAAAACCUCUGCAAGCCAACAUUUUUGUUGUCUCAUGUUUCCUUGAUGGCAUUUAAUUCAAAUUGUCAUUCAUUAUGGUGGGACUUGAGCUAUUUUAAGGGGUUUUGUUCUACAACCCUCAUGUGUGCUUUGAUUUCUUUGAUGAUUUCUGCCUCACUCCUCUCUUGCAGUUUGCCUUCUACCUUUUUUUGCCCAAAUUCGCAGUGUUGCCUCACAACAGAUAAAAUAAACUAACGCUGAUCUUACUGUGGUACAUAAACCUAACUGAUGGAGACGGCCAGCGAAUAUGAGUCUGUACAGCUGUGACUUCCUGUUGCUUCUGGUUUGUCACAGAAUCGCGGCUUCAUAGUAUUUAAACAUACAGUGACGCCUGUAACCUGCAGAUAAGACUCUGUUUAGUAAAGGACUUCAUUUUGCACUCUGUGGCCACUGUAGUUGGGUAAAUCUGUACCGACACUCCACUACGCUCAUAAAGUUGGCUUCAGCUUUCAGUUAAAAUCAACUGUGUUGAUUUAUGCAAGUUUCUCUUCGUCAUGAACUAAAUAUGUCUCCUUUGUCAGAAAGUCUGAAUGUUAAAUGUAGUCAGUCAACUUCAUGAUUACAUGGCACAGGUGUACCUAAUAAAGUGGCCCUUGAUUGUUUACUGGAACAUGUCCACUCAUUAAUGCUUUUGUUUCAUGUGUACUAAUAAUAAAAGACAAAAUUCUGAAGUAGUUACACAGAAAUCUGCAGCUGAACGCAAGCACAAUUUACAACUGUUUUAAUGUGAAACUACAGUAAAAUCAGCAACAAAACAUAAAAAUUGUACUAAAUAUCAAUUUUUCAAACAUUAACUAUUAAUGAUGUGACUCUGCCGUUGCUUGAAAAUCCACUAAGAUCUGUGAGAAAUAAUGCGAUAUUUAUUUAUUUGCUGCACUAUAACCUUUUAAUGUUCCUUUUUUUGUUUCAGAAAAGUUAGCAGUUGAUUUGUUUAUAUGUGAAUACGAUUUGUUUUUUUACAGUAAUUAAAGCAGCUUCUGGAAGGAAAGAUGUUCUAUUUAA